CGGGAAUUCAAACGGAAGUGGCUCAUGUCAGCAGGGUAGAUGAUUCCUACCGUAGCAUCGGUUUCUAUCCCGUGUUACAACCUGGUUCACCAUGAACCCGCUAACGAAGGUGAAGUUGAUCAACGAGCUGAACGAGCGUGAGGCCAACCUCGGGGUGAAAGAGUCUGUCUCCUGGCACACGGAGUACAAAGACAGCGCCUGGGUGUUUGUCGGAGGAUUUCCGUACGAGCUGACUGAAGGUGACAUCAUCUGCGUCUUCUCUCAGUACGGAGAGAUCGUCAACAUCAACCUGGUUCGGGACAAGAAGACGGGGAAGUCCAAAGGCUUCUGCUUCAUCUGCUAUGAGGACCAGAGGAGCACCAUCCUGGCUGUGGACAACUUCAACGGCAUCAAGAUUAAAGGUCGGACGAUCCGUGUGGAUCACGUCAAAGACUACCGUCCCCCCAAAGACACGGAGGACAUAGACGACAUCACCAAACUUCUGAGGGAGGAGGGCUGCGCUCCCAAAGCCCACGAGUCCUCCGCCUCCUCUUCCGAGGAAGACGAGCAGUACAACAUACCUGUGAAGAAGCCCAAAAAAGACAAGAAAGAGAAGAAGAAGAAGAAGAAAGAAAAGAAGAAGAAGAAGGAGAAAGAGAGGGCAGGUCAGGCACUGCACUCCUCCUCUUCAUCACCUCCACCUCCUCCUGCCGUCAGAGUCAAAGAGGAGAAGGAGGACGCUGCCUACGACAAGUACAACCAGAGGAAGGCGCCGCCGCCAGGGGGACAACAGAACGGACAGAGAGCAAGAGAGAAUGAGAGACUGCGGGGGGAGGAGGACAGGAGGAGGGAGAUGGAGACAGACAGGAGGAGGGAUGGAGACAGACAGGAGGAGAGAGAUGGACACAGACAGGAGGAGAGAGACGGAGACAGACAGGAGGAGGGAGACGGACACAGACAGGAGGAGAGAGACGGACACAGACAGGAGGAGAGACACAGAGACAGACAGGAGGAGAGACACAGAGACAGACAGGAGGAGGGAGACAGAGACAGACAGGAGGAGGGAGAUGGACACAGACAGGAGGAGGGAGACGGAGACAAACAGGAGGAGGGAGACAGAGACAGACAGGAGGAGAGAGACGGAGACAGACAGGAGGAGAGAGACGGCAGGGAGCGAGAAGAGGAGAGGAGGAGAAAUCGUGAGAGGGACGGCGACAGAGACAGAGAGGGCGACAGGAGGAGAGAGACAGACAGAGACUAUGACAGAAAGAGACAGUUUGACCGGGACAGAGACAGCGAGAGACGAAGAGAGACAGAUGGAGACAGAGAAAAUGACAGAAGAAGAGAGAUGGACAGAGAAAGAGACAGUGACAGGAGGAAGGACAUGGACAGAGAAAAUGACAGAAGAAGAGAGACAGAUAGAGACAGGGACAGGAGGGACAUGGACAGAGACAGCGACAGAAGAAGAGACGCAGACAGACGUAAAUACUGAGACCAUCUGCAGUAAAUGAAAAAGAUUCCUUUAUGCCAUUUUCCUCAUUUGUUGAACAUCAGAGCGCUGACGUCCUGCUGGCGCCCUCUGCAGGCUGCUGCGUUCAUGACACAUGACGACACUGUUCAGUGAGUCACAGUCACAGGUGUGGGUGUGAGCUGCAGCUACAGGUGAGCAGAGUCCAGCCAGCUCAUGUAACAUCUACCUGUUAGGCUCAUGUUCUUCUCAGCUGCGUUCACACCUGACAGGAUUUCUGAGGUUCCUUCAGUUCAGCGUCACAAUGUCCGUUUGUCGUCUUAACCUUGAGUCCCCAAAACGUCUCGUUGGAAGAUGAAAUGUUAUAAAGAGCAGGCGGUGAUGUUUUUACUGUCAGAGUUUUGUAAUAAAACUAAAAAACA